AUGACCAAGCAACAACGUGAUGUGUUGUAUAAGAAGCUGAAGGAGAGCCAGAAGGGUGGUGGUGGCCUGGACUCUCAACAAGUAAAGCCCUCCUCUUUGGGUGGAGAAGAAAUUACGACUACAUCAGCUAUGGUAAUCGAUUCUCACCCUCAUGGACUAUUCUACAUGGAUGUUAAGCUCACCUUCAGAGAUGUUACGACCAAUCUUCUGAUCGCACUGUGGGGAAGAGCUCUUAUUGAUAGUGUGGAACUUGCUACUGCUAUGGAAAGGGCUGGAUGUGAAGUAGCCCAUAACAUGAAGAAUGUUCAUGUUACUCUAGCAGAUGGCAGGAAGAUUACUCCAUUAUGUCUUCUAAAAGUGGACUGA